GAGAAUUUUGUUUAUUUAUACACAUUUGAUAGGUAUUUUAUUUGAAUCUCAAAUUCAUUGAUUGUAUUUAUCUCUAAUAUGUAAUAUUUUCUUAGAUGAUUGAUCUUUUUUUAAGUUAAUUAUUGAAAAAUAGUAUGUCUAGUAUUUACGUUAUUUAAAUUUUGCAAAAGCCUAAAUACUAUGAAAUCUCAAUCAAAUAUAGUACUUAGUUCAGACGGAGCAUGGUCAAUCUUCGAAAACGACAGUGACACAUCACUGUCGGUACACAAAGCGGACAAUGUUAAGUCAACUCAUUUGGAUCAAGGUAAUGUGGGAGAUAAACUACGUAUUUUGCCAAAGAUCAUACCUACCAAACUUAAUAGUGACCCCAUAAAGUACAAUAAAAGUACAUCAUGGUCAUGUAAAGCCAGUAAAAAAGUGCCUAAAGAUCGAAGUUGCGACUUGAAGAAAGAAUCCACCGCAGCAUCAGUAUUUCAAUCAUUGACGGGCAAAAAGUCCGAAUCAAAAGUUUUGAAAGACGACUUGGAAGACAAACUAACAGUUAAUAAAAAACAUUAUCAUAAGAAAACGGAUAGUUUGGUGGCUGGGCGUGACUUACCCGGGCCAAAAUGUAACAUCCGGCAACGUAUUUUAUCAAAAAUUAUACCUACUAAAGUGUACGACUGCGUCUCAAAAUCAAAAUUACAAUCACUCACAGCCUGCAAAAAUUCCAAACCUCAUGCUUUGCUAGGUGACGUAAAAGAUAAAUUAGCAGCCAACACAAAAUAUUAUCAUAAGAAAACGGAUAGUUUGGUGGCUGGGCGUGACUUACCCGGGCCAAAAUGUAACAUCCGGCAACGUAUUUUACCAAAAAUUAUACCUACUAAAGUGUACGACUGCGUCUCAAAAUCAAAAUUACAAUCACUGACAGCCUGCAAAAAUUCCAAACCUCAUGCUUUGCUAGGUGACGUAAAAGAUAAAUUAGCAGCCAACACAAAACAUUAUCACAAAACAACGGAUUGUUUGGUGGCUGGACGUAAGUUACCCGGAGAAAAAAUCCACGUCCGGCCCCGUGUUUCUCCAAAGACUACACCUGUCGAAUUUUAUGACGGUUCUAUUUCAACAUCAGUAUCGUCUAAAAUCUCUGAUCCUAAAAUUCGUAGUAUUAACACUAUUAACACAUACAAGUGUCACACGUGCUGUGUAUGUAGUGAUGCAAAAAAGCAUCAUUAUGCUUACUCGGUCGGUGAUGUAAAAAAUCAAUGUGUGGCCUAUAAGACCAGCGUCGAAAAGAACUAUGAUCGUUAUACUUACAAUGGCAGCUCAUCAAAGCUGGCAAAACUGACCAACGAGAGAUUUAGUUUUCUGAAUAAAAAAUCAAAGAAAAAACAAAUCAUAAACAUAUAUACAAACAACACAAAUAAGGUAAAAAAACCGGCGCCUUUGGCUAGAAAAUCGUCGUCAUUCAUAAAUCGACAGGCAAGAGAAAAGGAAGUGGACCGGACCAAUUUUAUCUUGAUGAAAAAAUUGUUACACGUGAAACCAUCCAUUUCAACUUUUCACUAAUUUAAAAGUGUUCAUUUACUGGUACAACGACCAUCGCGCAACAUAGGUCACAGGCUUACCAGUUGGACAGUUAGGAUUCUAGGUUGUUUCGGAUGGAAAAACAACCAAUUCUAAUACAAAACAAAUAGGUACUAACAAACAUACACAACCAUACUAACCAAUAUAACUAUAAAAGUAUAAUUAAAUCAUACAUAAGUAAGUACACUGUGAUGGCGUGUAGCUGGAAUGUUCGACGUGAAUGUGAAAUUUUAGAUGUAAUGUU